AUGUCAUUCACAUCCAGCACCAAGCGUAUCCCGAUCCAAGACAAUGUUCACCUUCAUAUCGAGCAAUCAUUUCCUUCCGGGCAACACCAAGACCGUCCCACCAUUAUCUUUCUCCAUUUCUGGGGAGGAUCAUCCAAGACCUGGUCACCCGUCAAUAACUUGAUCGCACCGUCCUUCCCAACUGUCAGGGUUGACUUUCGGGGAUGGGGCGACUCUACUGGUGCCGCAGAUGAGACUAAAUACUCCAUCCUCCAACUCGCCCAAGACGUUGAAACUAUCAUCAAACGACUGGAGCCAUGGAAAUAUAUCAUCGUUGGUCAUUCUAUGGGGGCCAAGGUCGCUCAAGCUAUUGCUGGACGAAAUCUUGUGGACAGGCUCGCGGGUCUAGUCCUGCUCUGUCCUGCGCCACCAACGCCUUUGAUGCUCCCCAAAGAUAUGCGUGACCAGCAAAUCAGCGCCUACGAUAGUGCAAAGAACGCUGAAUUUGUUGCCCGGAACGUCCUAACCGCAAAGUCCUUGCCUGAUGGUACGAUCAAGGGAAUUGUGGAGGAUAUGUUGAAGGGCAAUCCAUCUGCCAAAGCAGCAUGGCCACGAUAUGCUAUGAAUGAAGAUAUUAUAGAGCUAACCAAGAGUAUCUCCAUUCCAUCGAUUAUUAUUGCUGGAGGCAAAGAUCAAGUUGAACCUGUGGACCGCAUCAAGGCCGAGGUCUCGGGUAACAUUUCCGUCGCCGAGUUUCUUGUGCUGGAAGAAGUUGGACAUCUGGCCCCCCUCGAGGCACCGGAAAAGGUCGCAGGGAUCAUAAAUGAUUUUGUAUCUAGGAACAUUAGAAACUGA